UGGUGGGAGAGCACGCGCUUUCACCUGUCCCGGGAGAGGAGCUCACACUUUUGAGUCUACCUACUCCCUCCGCCACACUCCCCCCACUGCUAAAAAUCAGCCGGCAGCAGCUCGCUAGCUACAGCCAUUAACUUCCAAGUUCCGAUCGACUUUGCAUUGCGUCCCAGAACCAACCAUGUACUCGUCCACCGCCGGGGAAGCCUCCGCCUCCUCCUCCUCUUCCUCCUCCGCCGCAAGCAGUAACACACUUUCUAAUUUGACCAUGGCCGAAGCAGAAGGCUCCUCCACCAUUCCGGCCGGUCGUCUGACAUACGACGUCUUCCUCAGUUUCAGAGGAUCCGACACUCGGCACGGCUUCAUCAGUCACCUCUACAACGCUCUCCAGCAGAAAGGGAUCAGCACUUUCAAAGACGAUCUCAAGCUCGAGCGCGGCAAGCUCAUAUCGCCCUCGAUUCUCCGGGUAAUCCAGCGCUCUAGGUUUUCGAUCGUCGUUUUCUCCGAGGACUACGCUUCCUCCCCCUGGUGCUUGGAGGAGCUCCAGACCAUCAUUGAGUCUAUGGAAUCGGAUGAUGACCAUAACAACAAGACUAGUAAUCACGCCGUCUUCCCUAUCUUCUACGGCAUCGAUCCUUCCGAUGUCAGCGAAAUCAAGAAUAGCUACGCAGAUUCGUUCGCCAAACACGAGAAAGAUUUCCCCCGAGAUCCUGAAUUGCUCGCGAGCUGGAAGGCUGCUCUCAACAAGGCCGCUGAGUUGAGUGGUUGGGACUCGCGUAACAGGGACGAGCCAGCGCUUAUUAAUGAGAUUGUGGCUGAUGUUCUGAAUAAGCUGGGCAGAGAACACCAGAACAAGUCUUUAGGAGGCCUUGUUGGAAUGGAGACCCGCAUAAAGGAAGUGGAGUUACUACUGCUUACAGGGUUAGUUGAGGUCCGGAUGGUGGGAAUUUGGGGCAUGCCAGGAAUUGGUAAAACCACUACUGCUGAAGCAGUUUACCAUAAGAUUUCCCACAAGUUUGAUGCCUGCUGCUUCCUCAAGGGUGUUAGAGAGGUUGCAGAGAAACGUGGGCUUGAUCAUCUGCGGAACAAACUACUUUCUGCUUUGAUAGUGGAAGAUGGCCUGAGGAUUUUGGACCAGCAGUUGGAUGUGCUAAUGAAGGGUAGGCUUCGUACUAAAUGUGUCCUUAUUGUUCUUGAUGAUGUUGCUAGUAGAGAUGAGUUGAUGAGCUUAGUAGGGGACCGUGAUUGGUUUGGAUCUGGGAGCAGAAUCAUCAUAACAACUAAAGACAAGCACUUGCUGGAGCAGCAUGAAGUGGAUGCAGAGUAUGAGGCCAAGCCUUUAAGUGAUGUCGAAUCUCUUCAGCUAUUUUGCGAAAAUGCUUUUAAGAAAGGCUCCCCGGUUCAAGAUUUCAAGGCAUUGUCGCAGCGUGUUGUGACAUACUCCCAGGGGCUGCCUUUAGCCCUCAAACUCCUCGGAUUGUCAUUGUACAACAUGGAUCGAGGUGAAUGGGAAAGUAAAUUGAACACAUUGGAAGAUGUUCCUCCUCGCAAUGUUGUCAGGAUCCUAAGACUUAGCUUUGAUGUGCUUGAUAAUUCUGAGAAGAACAUAUUUCUCGACAUUGCUUGUUUUUUUAGAGGGGAAGAUAAGGAUUACAUUGUGAGCUUACUAGAAGCCUGCGGCUUCUCUGCAGUUCAUGGAUUGAGAGUCCUCCUUCACAGAUCUCUCAUCAUUAUCCAAGAUAACAAGGUCCUGAUGCAUGAUUUGUUACAGCAGAUGGGAUGGGAAAUCGCCCGACAAGAGCGCUGCAGGUUGUGGAAUCAUCAGGAUGUUUGCAACUUGUUGGCGCAAAAACCUGUGCCAAAAGAUGUUCAAGGUGUUGUCCUUGAUACUUCCAAGGUGAAUGAGGAGAUUGGAGUAGAAGCUCUCCAUGAGAUGGAGAGACUUAGAGUGCUUAAGAUCUGUAAUCUUCACCAAUCUGGAAGUUCCGAGUAUGUCUUCAGGAAAGAAUCAUACCCUCACAUUGGUAACUCCAGUAAUGAAAGAUCCAAGCUGCAUAUUUUGGGUAAAUUGAGAACUCUCUCGCAUGAAUUGAAAAGCUUUGAGUGGCAUGGUCAUUCAUUAAACAGUAUACGGAGGAGGUAUACCGGGGCUACAGACCCUAAGCUGCAUUAUUCAGGGAAGUUGAAAACUCUGUCCAAUGAAUUGAGGAGCCUUCAUUGGCUUGGAUAUCCAUUUCAGUCUUUGCCUGCAAAUUUCUACCCCAGGAACCUCGUUGAACUCAACUUGUCAUGCAGUGGCUUGAAGAACUUCUGGACAACGAAAAAGGCUUUCGAUAAGUUGAAGUUCAUGAAACUCAGCCACUCUCAAGAGCUCACUCAUACACCGGAUUUCUCUUUGAUGCAAAACCUGGAGAUACUAAUUCUUGAAGGGUGCAUCAAGCUGAUUGAAGUUCAUCCUUCUAUUGGUGGUUUGGAAAAGCUAAUUUAUUUGAAUAUGAAAGGGUGCAAAAGUCUACGGUAUCUGCCACCCAGUAUUGGAAUGAGAUCUCUUGAGGUUCUUGAACUGUCAGGAUGUUCAAAAUUAAAGAAGCUCCCCGAGGUGAGGGCCAAUAUGGGGAACUUGUCAGAGCUGCUUCUAGAUGGCACAGAUAUAGCAGAGAUACCAGGUUCCAUCCAAAACCUCACUGGGCUUCUUGUGUUGAGCGUUGCAGGUUGUAAGCGCUUAGAAUCCAUUCCUGGGGCCGUUGGUCGCUGUCGUGCGUUGAAAAUUCUUCACCUUUCCGGCUGCUCGAAUCUCCAACUUCUACAGUUUGAGUUGAACAAGCUGGAAAAUUUGGAGGAAGUUCAUGCCGAUGGAACAGCUCUCAGGUUGAGGUAUUUGGCAGUAGGUGGCCAGCUGAAGAAGCUGAAAGUAUUAACGCUUCGCGGCUCGAACAAGGCGCCAUCUUCCAUCCAGAAGGCUUGGCGGGAUCAUCUUUCUGAAACCGUUGGAAGUCAUUACUUAAUGAGAUUUAUCUCGUUCAGCUCCGACUGUUUCGGAUUUACAGAGUUUUCGUCCUUGACGAGUCUGGAUUUGAGCAACUGCAACUUGCCGGAUCCCUUAUAUGAUAUCAGUUGUCUGGUCUGCCUGAGGACGCUGGAUCUUAGUGGAAAUCUCUUCUCCAACUUAUACGUAGACGGCCUCCCUAAGAAUCUGGAAGUUCUUCUCUUGGCAAAUUGCAAGAAGCUUUGUUUCAUACCAAGUCUUCCGUCCACAACAUACCGUGUGGAAGCACCGAACUGUACAUCGUUGCGCUUCAUUGUUCCCCCGAAAGGUAUUGAAUCCGCGAGGAUGCGUGGCUUUAACCUCUUGAAUUGCUCGGAACUGGGAUUCGUAGAUGAAGGUUAUAGUCCACACCCCAAGGGUGAAAUAGCAGUUGAGUUGCUGAAAGUUCAUGUUGAGAAGACUCCUUCGCACUCCGUUGCCGAGUUGUCUAUCAUCAUUCCAGGUAGCGAGAUCACACCGGAGUGGCUUCCUUAUCAGCAUAUGAAUUCUAGUAUAGCAGCUGUGAUGCUGCCGCCGGAUUGGUACAACGACACACUAAAAGGGUUAGCGCUGUGGGCCACUUUUGAAGUGAGAGGAGAAGAGUCCAUUGCUCCGGCUGACCUGAGGCUUGAGUUCCACUGUCGAAGCAAUGGGCGGACUGUGAUAUCUGAAGUUGGGUUUGAACUGAGUAGCGGUACGAAGGUUGAGUCGGACCACAUGUGGUUGCGCUUCAUUCCAGCGCUUCUGUUCAAGACGGUCCGGAGGCGGGAAUCGUGGAGUCCCGUUGAGGCAGUUGUCGUGACGUGUAGUCCAUGCUUGGUUGUGAAGAGCUGCGGGCUAUAUCCAAUAUGCCGAGACAAUGAAGGACAUUUGGUGGAGAUUAAUCCCAGCAAUAGCUGAAGUCUCCUCAAUUCCUGCCUAUUGUUCGGUAGCGGACUCAGAAUCUUCGCCUUUGGCCAAUAUCUUUGAUCCCUCUCAGUUUCCGCCUUGCCGGACCUCUAGUCCAGUCGUCGCCGAUGAGGCUUGGGCGCCACAGGUCAUUCUUUUCUCCUCAACAAGCUCGUACUAGAGCUCGGGCUCCAACGAUGUAACACACAGCCUUCCUUUUUAAUUUUGAUAGGAGAUGCAAGACAUAGCCUUGAUUCCCCUAUAGUUUGGUGGGGUGGGAUUCGGUCGGUAAACGGUAAAUUGUUUACCGAAUUUACCGGUUUCCGUAUACCGAAGUUGGUCAAAUUGUUACCGAUUAUCGAUACCGGUUUGUAACCGGUUUAUCGAUUACCGGUAAAUGGUUACAAACCGGUAUUACCGAAAUACCGUGAGAAGCGAUUUCGGGCGGUUUUUUUGUCGGUUUACCGAAUAUUUAUCGAACCGAAUUUCUGGAAGUGGGGUGAUGCUGUGAUGUUGUAAUAUUUUGAUUUUUUUGAGUUUUUUCAUCAUUUUUUAAUUAAUAAUUUAUUAUUAACUCUUAUUUACAAUA